AUGGUCUCCGGAAGGCUGGUCAAGCUGGUGGUGUUCGAGCUCCUCGAGCUGGCUGCCUUCUCCGUCCCGACGCUGGUGGUGACGGAACAGUUUGCCGCCGCCCUCCAGGGGACCAGGAACAGGAACGAGAAGACGGUGUAUUGGCUGGGGGUGUCCUGUUCCAUCGCCUACGUAGCCUUGGUCACCUUGGUGGUCUGGGUGCCGGUGAAAGUCCUGUUCUACCGGAAACGUUAUCUGCAGGCCAAGAUCAGAGGGUGGAGUCCAGUGAUGCUGAUGUGUGUGGUUCUCACCACACUUCCAUGUUUUGCAUUUUCUAUAGCGGUGACUGAGGUCCAAAAGAGUGUCAGCAACAAUUCAACGUCUAGCCUGCCCAAAACAUUACCAGAUUUUCAAGUCUCUCUGGUUCUGACUUCCUUGAUCAUUGUUGAUAUAAUUGAAAAACUCAGGAAGUAUUCUCUCAGAGGAAGACCAAUAAGUGAAGAUGACCUGCAGCCCCAGCAGCAAAUAAGUAGCAUCUCCGAGCAGGUGGAAUCCAAGGACUCCACACCGGCUCCCGUCUGUUCGACCCCGAGUCCCCGGGUGAUCAACGUGGAGGAGCCCACGUCCAGCUCUCCGGUCAUGAGGGUAAUGUCUCGCCAAGACGAGAGGGCUCAGAUCUUCCUGAUGAGCUUCGUGAUGUGGUACGACACCAUAGAGAUGGUGCGGGUGGCUGGCCAUCCGGCCGUCUUCGGCUCCGCCUGGGUGUUCCCCGUCUACGUAUUUAGCUACUUGUCCCUGCUCCGGAUCAUCCUGCUUCCCAGUGUACCAGUUCUGGGCUCCAUGGGCAUCAUCCUGCAGGAUUUUCCCUUCAUCUUUGUUCGACUCGGCCUGAUCGCCGCCCUGGGCACCAUCACGCCCGUCCUCGGACUUUGCAAGAAUAUCUUAGUGACUGGCUCUUUUGUGUACUUCAACUACUUAAUCAACCUGCAGGCUUUCUCUGUCACGGAGACCUCUCCCUUUUAG